AUGAUUUUUAUAUUGUUUGUCAUUACUGGUGUUUUACUAGUAGUUUAUCUGAAACAGAAAUACUUUACGCUCCAUGGUUAUGUACCUGGUUUAGCACCUCAAUUUCUAUUCGGAAAUCUGCUUCAAUCAGGAUUUUUCAAUGGCAAUUCUCCACCAAUGAUUUUGUCAACAUUUCAAAAGCGUUUUGGAGAUGUUUUUCAAUUCUGGUUCGGUCCUUCGCGUUUCAUUGUGAUCAACAAUAUCACUGAUGUCGAGCACGUUCUCACUCAUCGGAAUAUUUACGAUCAAGGUGAUAUAUUCAUCGAAAAAUUCAGCAUCAACUAUUCUCAAAGUCUUAUUUCAACUAAAGGUCUGUCUCAGAUUGCUAGUCUAUGGCCAUUUCUAUGUAAAAUAAUCUCUCUAGGUAUCCAAUUCAAACGGCACAGCUCAAUCGUUUCGCCAUUAUUCCGACGGAGUAAAGUCAUUUCUCAUUUCGACUUGAUUAUUGGUUGUACUGAUAAAUUACUAACUAAAUGGCGUAAAACUGAAGCAAAAACAAUCCAUGUUGACAUUGUCAGUCAAUGUCACAAUCUAGUGCUCGCCAUUUUUGGAUUUAUUGCAUUCGAUUAUGACUUAGAAACGCUUGACGAUGGAGAUAAUGAACUCACCCUCGCACUACGCACAAUUAUCAAUAGUAUUAUGACGAUUCUCGCUUUGCCGAGAAUUCUGGCUAAAGCCUAUGUAACUCUCAGCUAUCGACAACGACAAGCACGAAAUACUAUCGAACGAUAUAUCUACAGAAUGAUAGAACAUGAACAAGCGACCGCACAAGGAAAGCAUACAUCUCUGAUUGCUUCGUUAGUUCAUUCUUUGCGAAUGAAUGAGCAUCUCGAAGCAACUGAAGAUAUCGACGAAGACAAGAGAGGUCUAUCACGAAAUGAAGUUGUUGAUGAAAUGGUGGCUUUUUUAAUAGCAGGUUUUGAAUCCACGUCAUCGACAUUAGUCUGGUUCAUUCAUUUAGUGAGUAAACAUGCACAAGUACAACAAAAGAUCAAAGCAGAACUAAUAGCACAAGAUUGUCUCUACCAUUUAUCAUCGGAUCGCCUUGACUCCUUAGUCUAUUUGAAUUGUGUUAUUAACGAAGUUCUCCGAUUUAUUCCACCUGCUACUGGCACCAUUCGGACCUUAACUAGAGACGAUUGUCUACCUGCAACGAAUGUUCAAUUAGUUAGAGGAGACUCAGUGCUGAUUCCAUUUCAUAGUCUUGCACAUGAUCCUCGUUAUUGGUCGGUCGAUCCAAAUCUAUUUUACCCCGAAAGAUUUCUCGGCGAAGAUCAAAAUCAUCAUCCCUACGCACUCAUUCCAUUCGGAGGUGGUCAUCGUCAAUGCAUCGGGCAGGAUCUUGCUCGAUUUGAGCUGAAAGUGAUUGUAGCUCGAUUGAUGCAAAAGAUUACAUUCGAUGAUGCUGGUCCUGAAGUCAAUGCCGGUGGACACUCGAUGGGACUUGCUAUUCUACCUAAACAUAUUGGAGUAUCAAUUGAGUUUGACUGA